AUGGGAAGUACUAUUAAUUGGGUAGAUCGAUCACCCCCUCCAAGCACUCCAGGGUUACAAAGUGACCAAGAAAUACAGAUACCAGCUCCCAUACAAGGUAAUAGCUCUAUUAGUAAAUAUUUCGAGUACAUAAAAUUUUAUGCUAUGGGCACUGGUAAGGAUUUAGACGAUAUAGACGUUAAAGUGAAAUUCAUUAGUGGAUUAUCACCUGACAGUGAAAAGCGUGCAGAAGAGUUUGGGUUUGAAAAGCCUUUAAAAGAGAUAGUCAAAUAUUUAGUUAGAGAUCCAACACUUUCUACCGAAAUACAGAAAUACAAAGUGGGAGAGCUGAAACAAGGUAAUGAAUCGGUAAGGAAAUUUUAUCAAAAAUUAGAAAGGCUUAGAAAGCUUUCCGGAUGUGAUGAGGAAGAUAUAGAGCAUAGAGAAAAAAUAUUUCGUGGACUUUCACUUACAAAUCAAGAAGAAGUCAAAUCAUGGGGAAAGUGUCUUCCUUUGGAUGAAUUGAUAGAAAGGCUUGAACGCUAG